GGGUGCUCUCCCCCUCCUCCUGUCCUUGCUAUAGGUGACCAUUGCUGCUGUGGCCAUCACUAAGUGGUGGCAUCUGCAGGAGUGAAAAGUUCCCACUGUUUCUGGCCACUGGAAAAGGGUGGUAGUGACCUGGGACUCUGAGGCUCUGCUUCUACCCCACCUUCAAGAGCACAGGCUGGCCAUUGUUUUUCUCACCUCCCUGGAUGUGCUGAGCACCUGCUGACAUGAAGCUUUUCCUCCAGUAUGCGGGCUGUUUUUUUGCUUUUUUCUCUACUGGGUUUUUGAUAGCAUCUACCUGGACUGACUGCUGGAUGGUGAAUGCUGAUGAUUCCCUAGAGGUGAGUACAAAAUGCCGUGGCCUGUGGUGGGAAUGUGUCACAAACGUUUUUGAUGGGAUCCAAACUUGCGAUGAGUACGACUCCAUCUUUGCAGAACACUCUGUUAAGCUGGUGCUGACUCGAGCCAUGAUGAUCACAGCAGAUAUCCUGGCAGGAUUUGGAUUUCUCUUCCUUGUCCUUGGACUGGACUGUGUGAAAUUCCUUCCCUAUGAGCCACUCAUCAAGCUGCGCAUCUGCGUGGUGUCUGGGGUAAUGCUGCUCAGUGCAGGUCUCCCAGGCAUCACUGGCUCGGUGUGGUACGCUGUUGAUGUCUACAUGGAGCGCUCCUCCCUGGUCUUCCACAACGUGUUUCUGGGCAUCCAGUACAAGUUUGGCUGGUCCUGCUGGCUCGGCAUGGCGGGGUCACUUGGCUGUUUCUUAUCUGGGGCCCUGCUCACCUGCUGCAUGUACCUUUUCAGAGAGACCAGCUCUGGAAGACUCCACUCUGCUUACUCCUUGAGGAAAGGCUAUUACUCACCUGGGACAAUUGUAACAAAUGUUCACUUGCCAUCCUCACAAACAGCUACUGCCAAAAUGUAUGCAGUGGACACAAGAGUGUGA